GUUAGUUGCGUUGUAAUAGGUCAUUACGGAGCUCGCAUGCUCCUUCCCUUCAUUGAGUGACUGCCUCUCGUUGUGCCGCAUUUAUAUAAUAAAGGUAUCAUUAAGAAAUUCUAACAACUUACAUAGUCUACAUUUCACUUCUUACUUGGUACAUACGAGAGAAAUUUAAAAUUCACAUAAGCGGGUAUUCAGCCAUUUUACCAAUAUGAUGGUUAUCCGAUUGAGUACUCAUGGAUGGUGUGUCUUAAUUAUAAGCGUUUUGGUCAUAUUCCUUUACUACUUGUCGUCAUUCAAUCCUAUUGGACAUCUGAAAGGCGAGGUUAUUAGUGUCCGAAGGUUGUUAACUCGUUGUAUACAUCUUUCUGAAGAAGCUGGUGGUCUUAUAAAAUCUAUACACUACAUGAACAACUUGAAUUCACGCAUAAAAUCUGGAGGUACGCUAAAAAAAGAACUGUUAACUGACGCUGAUCUGGGAUCUCAUCGAAUUAUUGUAUCGGGGAUCUCAUCAACGUUUCCGGAGUUGAAGGUUCGAUCUGAGGAGCAUGUGAUGGCUGAACACUACCAAUCAGAUUAUGCAAACAACGUUUUCCAUUCAGAUUUUCUAAAUUCCCUUCCUAACGAUGAUCUCUUUGUGCCCGUUACAGACUUGGUUGUAUGGAUAGACCCAUUAGAUGCCACUCAAGAGUAUACAGAAGGUCUAACUGAAUACGUCACAGUUAUGAUUUGCAUCGUCCUUCAUAAUCGUCCAAUAGCCGGUAUUGUCCACCAACCGUUUCUGAAUAAAACUUAUUGGGGUUGGGGUUCGUAUGCACGUUCUUUGGACUUGCAGUCGGCUAUAGAAACCCGUAAAGCACUUCCUCCUAAAGGUACCUUAUCCGUAACUUAUUCACGUUCACACCUGAAUGAAUCACGUAUGCAAGGUUUAAUAAAACUAGUGGCUCCAAAUCAAGUUCAUUUUAUACCAGCUGGUGGUUCAGGUAAGCAUAGUUUUUAAAUUAUUUUUCUUUCUUAAGUUGAAUAUUAAGUUUACCCAUCUCUCAGCAUAUUUUGUUUUCACUAAACAUUGUUCAUAAUAAGGCAUCAUAACAGUAAAUGUCCAAAACAAGUUCACUUUUAACGGUUUGAAAAAAUUUAGGCAUUGGGUAUAUGAUGUUCAUCAUAAUAAACGUUUUUGUCUUUCCCAAUGAAUGAAAAACAAAACGAUAUUGUUUUUACUGACGUUUUGCUACUUAAUGCUAACAGCUUUAUCAAAGUAUUAUUAAACCGGAAUUUACAAAAUCUCAGCAUAUAUAUAACAAACAGUUAGGCGGUGAGAAAAUAGACAUAGGUCAAGUUAAAGGGACAUAUUGAAAGUAAAAGUAGCAAUGAAGAUAACUAAACCAAAUAACAAAGGUAAUAGUAUGUCUGUUAUGAUAUCAAAAUAAAGUUUACUAACUUGAUCAUCGUUCGUCUGUCUGGGGGCAUUUUUAGUUGUCAAGUUGGUCAAUUGGUAAAGAUAACAAAAUCAAGUGUGGAUUGUUGGAUUUGAUCGGUGUGUAAAAUUAUAAAAGUAGUGUGUGUUUACAUAGUGAACUUGCUUAUCACAUUCGUGUUGAUUUUGUCACUUGGUGGGGGAGGGAGGUGUUGUAACCAGGUCAGAUUCUGUUUUAGUCCAUCAUUCCUAUUCAGGCAAUUUUGAUUCCACUUGAUAUGAAGUGCUUCUGAUAUUAGACGUUCUUUGUGAUUUCUGAAGUUUUUCUGGAUUAUUUCAAUAUUGUCAAAAUCAAUUUUGUGGCCUGAUUCUAUAGCAUGUAGACCUAUGGCUGAUGAUUUUUCAAGUUUUUGUAGUUCAACAGGAUUUCUCGGUGGUCGAAGAGAUGCUCUACGGUGUUCAUUUCUUCUGAUUUUGAUUUCUCGAGAUGUUUGUCCGAUGUAUAUCGCAUCACAUUCCAAGCAUUUUAUUUUAUAGACACAAUUAGAUAGAGAAUCUUUGGGGAUUUGGUCUUUUAUAUGGACAAGGUUGCUUUGAAGUGUGUCUGAUGUUUUGAAGAAAACUCUAAUAUCGAGCUGAUUGAGUACUCUUCUGAUAUCGUCUGACGUCUCUGCUCUAUAUGGAAUGACGACUGUUGAUGUCCAUGUUUUCGGAAUGCGUUUUCGGCCAUACUUAAUGUCUGUGUUGAUUUUGUUGAUGAAGUUCCAUGGGUAGUUGUUUUGCUUGAGAGUUUCAGUAAUGUUUGAUAUUUCUUCUUCUUUUUCUUUCUCGUCGGUUAUCAGAGAGUGUGCUCGUCUAAGAAGACUUGAAACAACUGAAAUCUUUGCGCUGAUGGGGUGUGAUGACUUGAAGUCUAAAUAUUUAUUUGAGUGGGUUUUCUUCCUGAAUAUGGAUAUACUAAAAUGUCCGUUUUCCCUUCUCUUAACUAGGCAGUCUAGAAAUGGUAGUUCACCGACGUCUGAUUCUGCUUCCGAAGUGAAUUGGAUUCUGGGAGAUACACAGUUUAUUUUCUCCAGGAAUGAAUUGUGUAGAUCUCGUUUUAGUACUACAAAAGUAUCAUCUACAUAUCUUAACCAUAUUUUAGGAGUGAGUAUGCUUGAAAAGAUGUUAUUUUCGAAUUUAUUCAUGAAAAGGUCGGCG